UUUUACAAACCAAAAUUAAAACUUAACUCCACCAUUGUCAAAGCCUCGAAGGUCCAUUGCAGAACAGUCACAGAGGCCGGAGCGCCUACUGGAGUGAUCUCGGGUCAGCCAUGGCAAUUAGCAUACGGAGAAUAACAUUCUAUCCAUUAUCAUCAUCAUCGCUAAUCGAUUUGGUUCGAAAAUCAACGAUUGACAAUUCAGCGACCUUUUUCCGGCCUAGGUGGACCUCAUCUUCCUCUUCUUCCUCGUCAUCGAAGCCUGACAAGAAGAUAACGGAUCGCCUUUCCGCUGUUAUAGACGCCGUCAACGACCGCAAGCUCCCUCCUCAACUUCGUGGCCAACGCAAUUCUGUCAGGUCGGAAACUGAUAUAAUAAAUGUUGUUGAGCAAAGAAUAUGGCAUUCAAUGGAAGAAGGUCAGUUUGAGAACUUACCAGGGAAAGGCAAACCCCUGAAUCUCAGCACCAACCCUCACGCAGAUCCAGCUGAAGACACAUUAUAUAGAAUCCUCUCUAAAAAUGGAUGCGCACCAGAGUGGAUUGAACUCAACAAGGAGAUAAGGAGUAAAAUAUCUGAAUGGCGGGUUGCAUUGAAGAAAGCAUGGAUGAACAAAUCCAGUGGUGACCACUCCAAAUGGAUUGAGAGCUCUGACACUUUAAAAGCUCAAUUAAGGGAUAUAAAUGAUAAGGUUUUCAGACACAACCUCAUUGUUCCUUUCGGCCGGCAGAUGUUUGGACUGAAGUGGGAAAAGGAACUGGAUCGCUUAAAUGAAUGACGUCUCUCUCUCUCUCUCUCUCUCUCUCUCUCUCUCCCUUACAGUUCCCCAUCUCAUAUGUUAAAUUUGUUGUAAUAGCAAUAGGAAGGUUUCUCUUUUUGUUAGUACUAUCAUUCUUUUUAUUGGUUGGAUUCAAACGAUUAUAAUAAUGAUGAACUUUGAAUGGUA